AUGGAAAUCAAACGUACUGCAAACUGGGCUGAGUCAAUUUCAUCAAUUCUUCGCAAAACUGAGCUCAAUUUACUACGACUCCAACGCACCUCUUAUCUACACGACGAAUUCACUCGACCUCCAUCAACAAUGACUCAUCUUGACCUUUCCAUGGAUCAGCGGCAACGUCCAACCUUAUUUGAACCUGACGACAAUGCUUCAUUAAUCCAACAAGAACUCGCAGGAGUCCGUCAAGCAAUCGAGCGGCUAGUCUCUGAAAAAUACAAGCAGCAUCAAAAUGAAAUGCGAACCCUCAGCUCCAGAGUUGCAGAUAUUGAAGAUAAACAAAUGGCUUUUGAGGACAUCAAAGACGAACUUCAAAACGCCUUUCUCUCAAUUGGGAGGAAAUCCUUUGGUGAUACUAGAAAAUUUGAUGAGAAUACCAAAAAUUAUGUGACGAAAGAAGACUUAAAAACGCUAGAAGAAUCAUUUCAGAAUAUUCGACAAUCUCAGAUCAACCAAUUGGAAAUACAAAUCAGGGAUUUAAGGAAGGAAAACUCAGAAAUCAAAGACUUGAUUUAUGAGAUUGUGGACGAAAAAAUGAAAGAAACUGCAAAAAAGUCAGUUUCUCCAUAUGAAUUAAAAGCGAUUAAAGAAGAAAUCCAAAGUGACACUAAUUUUAAAAUAAAAGAGGUGGAAAGAAAGUUGUGUAAUGAUAUUGAAGAAGUAUCAAGGCAACACUCGCAGAAUAGUGAAGACUAUAGCAAAUUCCUUAACUCUUCUCCUCCGUGAGUGAACAAAAUUUUUUGUUCACUCACGGAGGGGGGAAUAAGGAUUUAGCGAAUAGUAUGAUGCAAAAAUAUGAUUUAUUGUCGAAAAUGCUAGAUGAUUCUAAACAAAAUUUAGGAAAGGCUCAAAAUUCAAUGCAUUUAGAAAUUUCACAAAUAAAGAGCCAGAUGAACUCAUUUCAGACAGAGUUCAAUACAAUUGAUGAGCUUAAACAAAAUAUAGGCAAUGUUCAUAGUUAUGCCUCAGAAGAGCUGGGGAAGCUAAAAAAAGAAUUAAAAUUGCUAGAAAAUUCUGUUGAUACACAAGAUAUUGAAAUAGAAAUCGAAGGAAUAAAGAAACGGCUAGAGCAUAUGUCAACGCAAUCUGCUCAGCAGGAUUUAUCUAUUUUUGUUACAAGAGAAGAGUUUAAUCAGCUCGGCAACAUCAGAAGAGAUUUAAAGCAGCUAGAAGCAAUGAUAAAUAAACGUGACUACGACAAAGAACUGGAAACGUUAGGAAAACAAAUAUCCAAUAUUCCUCCACCUCAGGAUUUAUCUAUUUUUGUUACAAGAGAAGAGUUCAAUCAGCUCGGCAACAUCAGAAGAGAUUUAAAGCAGCUAGAAACAAUGAUAAAUAAACGUGACUACGGCAAAGAACUGGAAACACUAAGAAAACAAAUAUCCAAUAUUCCUCCACCUCAGGAUUUAUCAAAUUUUGUAACUAUAAACUAUUUAAAUGAGCAGCUAAACGAUGUUCAACAAAAUCACGAGGUUUCUAACCAAUUUUUAGCUCUUCAGCUUAAAGCAAAAGAGCAAAACGAAGUUUCAGCAAAAUUAGCGAAUAAAGUUGAUGAUUUAGAACAUCGGCUGAUCAAGCUAGAAGAAAAUGAAUCAUCCUCAGAAAUCAGCUUGGAUCUAGGAAGAGAAGAAGAAACUGUAGUGAAAAAACAAGAGAAACCAAUGCUAGAAGUUUUAAAACCAGAAGAAAGCAAAGAAUAUAGCGGACUAGCGACUUUUGGAAAAAGUGAAGAAAAUAAAGAGCCUGAGUUAGUUGCAAUUUCGUUCAAUAACUUAGGGGAAAGUGAUGAUGAUAGCCAAGGAUUUGUGUCACCAAUGAUAUCCCCUAUGAAUCAAGUUGUUACAGGUCCUAUUGGCUCUGCAAAGCCUGCUAAAAAAUUCCAGUUUUCUGAGCCUCCAAUAAUACAAGAAGAGUCGCAUGAGGAAGAAAGCUCUUCACCCCAUCCAAAAUCAAGUGAGCCAAGGAAGGAUCUUGAUGAGUAUAUUAAUGCAUUUUCGCAAGAACUGAUUCGAACAGAGCUUGAAGAUAGUUUGCUUGUUAUAAAAGAAGUCAUAGAUAGACAGCCAAAGCCGAAGGUUGGCCAAAAGCAUGAAAAGCUGCUGCCUAAGAGAAAGUAA